UUCAUACACAAAUCAUAUUCUGAUGAAGUUUAUGGAUGAGUUUUAUUUUAAAUCAGUUCUAAUAAAAUUCGAAGUCAAAAGAAAAAUAAUCAAUUUAUCUAUUAUAUUUACUUCGUUGGAUGGAGUCGUAAUAAAAUGUGGAAAGCAAAUGACCUACUGGAUCGAUAAUUUCAAUUUGGAGACAGAAUGUGACACAGAUUCAUUUGUGACUGAAAUUAACAUAACAUUGAACUCAUUUGUCUCAGUUUGUGGCAUAAUAGUGAAUGGCGGAAGAAAUAUUAUUAAAGAGUCUAACAUAGUAAUUUAUUCGAAUGGGCAACGACUCCCAUUAACUGCUGCUACACAUUUGCAAGGAGUGUUUGAUGAUGACAAAGAUGACAUCGGUUGUUUCACCAUUGUCGAACCGGGAAAAGAGUUCAUUUGGGAAUCAACGUUUGAAUGGCCAAGAGUUAUUUAUCAAAUUUUAAUCUAUAGUUCUGGAAAUCGAAUAACAUCAAUGCAUACAUUUAAAGUCGAGCUGUACAACGAUGAAAACCAUUUAGUUUUUACAACAAAUAUUGAGAGUUUUUUGCUGCCAUAUAAGAUAAACAUUCUAAAAAGUGGAAGGGUGAUGAAACUAUUGAUCAUUGCGAGCGACGUGAUUUCAUUGUGUGAAUUAGAAGUUUUUGGUGACUGCACGACACGAUAUUAUGGCCCAGACUGUGAUCAAGUAUGUUUAAUGUCCUGCAAAAAUAAAGACUGCCAGUUCACCGGUGUUUGCAAGUUGUGUGUACCUGGUCACACAGGGUCGUAUUGUCUCGAUUUUAAUUCAACGAUCAGAACAUCUAAAAAAAAUGUGGAAAAUGAAACUGAAGCUAUUGUUUCACCGAAACAAAAUUUACUUACAUUGGAUGAGCAAGUUUUCAUAAUUUUCAGUAUAUUUUUGGUAUGCGUUUUGGUAUUCAUGCAAAUCUGUUCAAGAAGAUUGAUAACUGUCUCGCUUCUCUAUCAAUUAGUAGAAAAACACAUUCAAAUCCUGUUCAAGUAGAGUCUUCGUCCAUUCAGAGGUAAAAAACUAGAUUAUUCUACAAGUAAAUUGAUACUGAACGUUUAUAGAAAAGACGCCACACCGCAUGCCGUUUUCAAGAAUGAACACAAAUACGUAACAGCUUAAAACUUUGGUUUCGGUAUAUUGUGUAUUGAAACUUAUCAAUGUUUUUUUCUGUUUUUUUUCUGGUUACUACAGAAUAUA